AUGAGCUGUUCCCAGGAGCGCGAGUUCGGAGAGCGCGGCGUGAGGGCGUAUCAGGAAAUGGAGCCGGCUCCCCGGGCCGGCUCCCCGGGCCGGCUCCCCGGGCCGGCUCCCCGGGCCGGCUCCCGGGCGCUCCCCGGCCGGCUCCCGGGCGCUCCCCGGGCCGGCUCCCGGGCGCGCCCCGAGCCGGCUCCCGGGCGCUCCCCGGCCGGCUCCCGGGCGCUCCCCGGGCCGGCUCCCGGGCGCGCCCCGAGCCGGCUCCCGGGCGCUCCCCGGCCGGCUCCCGGUUCUCCAGGUGUUUUCAAGCGCUCACAGCCCUCAGGGCUGUGCCCAGGGCGCCGCUCAGCGGCCGCGACGGAAACUGCACCAGCGGCCGUGGCGGAGGGCGUGGUUUCGUGUUUGAUUGACGGAGUAUGGGCCGAGGGUUGGCCAAUGGGAAUGCAGCAUGGGCUGUGCGCGGCCAGUUUGAAUCGGCGGGAGCGGUUGGGGCGGGCGGGCAUGGACGGGGUCGAGCGGAAUUACGAGGCUCAGAUCCGGAAUUACCGGGGGCCCGACCCGCUGGAGCCGUGGGACAGGUACCUGCAGUGGGCAGAGGGAUGUCUCCCGCUCCAGGAGAAGCAGAGCCGCUGGCCCGGGCUCCUGGAGGAGCUGGUGAAGAUGUUCGUGGGCGACAAGAGGUACCACCAGGACUCGCGGUUUGUGAGCUACUGCGUCAAGCUGGCAGAGUUCAUCUCUUCCCCUUGCCAGUACUUGGAGUACCUGCACGGGCAGGGAAUCGGAGCCAAGACCUCGGAUUUCUACCUGGCCUGGGCUCAGGUGCUGCUGAAGGAAGGCAACGUGCAGGGAGCAGGAGCUGUGCUCCAAAAAGGGCUCCUCAACCAGGCACAGCCCCGGGAGAGCCUGCAGCAGCUCCACUGCUCCCUGCAGAGUUAUGAUCUUCGGAAUCAUCCUUUGCAAGAUGCUGUUGUUGUAAAACCACUUCAGACUUCCCACGCUGCAAAUCAAAUGGCUCCUCCAAAAGGCAUUUCAAGUCCUAAUCCCUGCAAAAAUCAGGCUCCAGAUGCUGCUGAUUCUCAAUCCUGUGCUGCUGGAAAAGAAGUGAACUACGUGACCUACAUCUCCAAGUCCGAGGUUGCGCCGAAGCCGCCGUCGGGCGCCACGGGGUGGGAGCAGGUCCCGGUGUACGACAAGAACCUGCUCCUGUGCGAGGGCUCCGAGCUCUCCUUCGAGGAGCUGAGAGCCAAGAGAUACUUCAGGAAAUAUGAGCUCCUCAGGAGGCAGCAGGCACUGGAGGAGGAGAAGAAAGACUCCAUGAGGAAGAAGGAGUCGGCAGUCCUGGAACUCCAAGCCCUGCAGCAGAAGCUGGACCAGCUCACCCAACUUUCCAGAAGUCUGGAGGGAACGAGACUGGAGCCAGCAACUGAGCCAAGCCAGAGGGUGGUGCCCUCAACUGUGAGGCCCAGCAGAUCUCACAUCCCAGGGAACUGGAUGCCACCUGCUCCAGGGCUGGAUGUGCCCAAGUGCCAAGCUCUGGUGCCUGAGCAGCCCCAAAUCCAGGCACCACCAGUGACUGCUCCCACCCUGCAGCCAGAGAAGCCCCUCCACGUCCCAGCUGCCUUCCCCUGGGAAACACCGGAGGAGAAGGACGCAGCUGGAGCUCGGGCAGAGCUCCAGAACAGUUUGCUGCACCCUCCCCUCAGUGCUGCUUCAGCUCAGGAACGAGCUCAUCCCAACCCUGCUGUGCCUCAGAGCGCGGGAGAACUGUUUCCUACCAAGGGAUCCACUGGAUUAACUCCUGCUGUGGAUGUGAAGGAAGCCUCCAGAGUUGGGAAUUCCUCCUUUGCCUGUGGAAAUGCUUCCCAAGCCACCCCCAACACCUCGCUGGGAGGAGCAAUGGGGACGACAACGCCCUUCAAGGUGCAGCCAUCACCCACAGUCCACACAAAGGAAGCCUUGGGUGUUCUCAUGGAUAUGUUCCAAACACCCUUCCUGCCUGAGCCAUCUCCCCUGGAGAACAGUGAGGCGCAGUUUGAAGCCUUUUGCAGAAAAGAGCCUGGUGGAUGUUUGAAAACUAACUUUGUUGCCCCUGCCACUCCUGCAUUUGCCAUCUUUGAGGAUGAGGAAGAGAAGGAGAACAACAGGGUCCUACAGCACAAGAGCAAACCAGGAGAGCCCAGAACUUUUGGAGAACAUCCCUUGACCAACUGCGCAGCAGAAGAAGAAACAGGGAGCACAGAAUUCCUGCAGGAUGAUUACACGGUGUGGAAUGGCCCCUGCAGCAACAAAGCCCUGGCUCCCAGUCCAGACAACACCAGGGAUUUUGCCCGAGCUGCCCAGCUCAUGUCCACACCCUUUAAUUACCUGGCAGCUUCUUCCCAGCCUCCUUUGGAGGACAGAGCCUGUAAGGAAAAUUUUCCCCAGAUGGAUUUGGAAUUCUCUGGAGAACUGCACAGGCAGUCAAAGCUCAAGAAGUUAAGCCCUGUUCUUGAACGUGUCCCAGAACAGAGAGGGCUUCAUGGUAACAUCCUGAAAAGAGGGCCUGGAAUCCAGGGAAUUGCUGCUUCCCAAGGGCUGCAGGAGCAGGCAGCUCAGAGCAGAACUGGCCAUUCCUCCUCCCUUGGGGUGGAUAGAACUUCCCAGGAGAGGCUGUGUGGACAGGACAGGACAGCCCUGAGCGGGAGACCUGCAGUCCUUGUUGAGAACCCUUGGGACAAGGAAUUGAUCAGCAAAUUCUUGUCGGAGCUUCCGAAACCUCUCCACACCUACACCAACUACUUUGAGUGGAAAUCUCCUCUUCCAUUCAUCAAACUGAAGGCUGAACUCUCACUGGGUUCCAGCUCAUUCCAUGUGGACUGCUUGGUUGGAGAAGGAGCUUUUGCCCAAGUCUAUCAAGCUUCCAUCCUGGAUGCCAGUAACCCCCGGAAUAAUCAGAAAGUGAUAUUCAAGGUCCAGAAACCUGCCAACCCCUGGGAGUUCUACAUUGCAACCCAGCUGCUGGAGAGGCUGAGCCCCAGCGUACGCCACCUCUACAUCCACUUCUAUUCCGCCCAUUUCUUCCCCAACGGCAGCGUUUUGGUGGGGGAGCUCCACAACUACGGAACGCUGCUGAACGCCAUCAACAUUUACAAGAAGCUCCCAGAGAAGGUGAUGCCCCAAGCCCUCGUCAUCUACUUUGCUGUCAAAAUCCUUCACAUGGUGGAGGAGCUGCACAGAUGCAAAAUCAUCCACGGGGACAUCAAACCCGACAAUUUCAUCCUGGGAGAAAGGUUCCUGGACAACGACACGUGUGACAUCGAUGGGCUCUGCCAUGGCCUCACCCUCAUUGACCUGGGCCAGAGCAUUGACAUGAAGCUCUUCCCUGAGGGAACGGCCUUCACUGCCAGAUGUGAAACAUCUGGGUUCCAGUGCGUGGAAAUGCUGACAAACAAACCAUGGAACUACCAGACAGACUACUUUGGGAUCGCAGCCACCGUGUACUGCAUGCUCUUCGGGACCUACAUGCGCCUCAAGGACGACAAUGGGGUCUGGAAGCCUGAGGGAACCUUCAGGAGGCUUGCCAACGCUGAGCUGUGGAAAGAGUUCUUUGAGAGCUUGCUGAACAUUCCCAGCUGCCACAACCUGCCUUCCCUCGGAGUCCUGCGCCAGAAGCUCAAGGAUUUAUUCUGCAGGUCCUACGCGAAGGAAAUCAAGUUCCUUCGGAACAGACUCGUUGUGUUGCUCAUCGAGCACAAACGCUCACGGAAAUAAGGGUUGAGUUUGCACAGUUUGCAAGGACUUGGAGUUCUGUGGAAUCCUCCUUUAGUUAACUUGGUUUUAAAUAAUAAAUGGGUUUGGGGUUGACUUCAGUAAUGAUAGCCUGCAUCUUCCUGUGCUUUUUUUGGGGGGGAAAAAUACGCCGAGUUGUCAACUGGUUUGGGAGGGUGUGCUUGGAUUGGGCUCUUCCUGCUCUACCUGUCCUCGGGAAUUUGGAGAAAUGGAGCUUUGCAGGUCAGAUUUAAGUUGGACAGGACUGA